CGAGAAUCUUUCUUGGGUUUAUUUUUAAUGUCUGGAAAAACUACUGAGGAUAUGUCAAAAGACAUUCAGCAACAGCUGGAAAAAGUACUGAAUAUUGCGUUGUGCAGGUUAUCACAAUGCCGCGUCAAUGUCAGGUGUCCAUGGAGGGGUGCAACGAAAAAUCCGAAAAGUAAAUCCAAAUGCACUGCUCAGUCCUUGUUCUAAUCAUUCCUUGAAUCUUUGUGGAGUUCAUGCAUUUGUAUGCGUUCCUUCCAGCGACACGUGUUUUGGAACAGUAGAGAAAUUAUAUUUUUGUUAUUUUCGUCAUCUACACAGAGAUGGCAAUUGCUGAGAGAGAAAACGGGGAAAAAUUUAAAACGUUUAUCGGAUACUCGCUGGAGCUCUCAUUACGAGUCAGUAAAAGUUGUAAAAGAAAACAUAGAGACAGUUGUAAGUAGUUUGGAACAUUUUCAAGAUACAACCAAAGCAAAUCUAGAUACAAGAUCGGGAGCAUGCUUGCUCCUGCUCCGGCUGUUUGUAAUUUUACCUUUCUAACCUAUUAUACAAUUCUGACUUUCUGUACUGGAAGAAGUAACUUAAAUUCAACAAUAUUUGCAGUCUCCAAAAAUGACUCUUCAUACAGGAAUCACCAAAUUAAACGCCUUGUAUGAGUAUUUAGUGACCGAAGGAACCACCAUUAUAGACAAUGUUGUAACUUUUGU